CCUGUUCCACUAUUGUUGCGUGUCUCUAAUUCCAUCUCUUUUCUCUCGUUUUCUUCACCGAUUUCUCCGCUUGCUUCCCCCGUCGUCAACCCGUUCUCUCCUCUCAUCCUUCUCAAUCCCUGAUCGUCAAGCUACACAUCGAUCUUCGACUCAUCGCUUCAAGAAUUUCAAGUUGUAGCUCUGAGAAUCAUCGGAUCGGAAGGGUUGCAUAUUCUUGGACUCGCAUCGUAAGAAAUUAUCUGACAUUUUAUUGUGGGAUCUGAGGGAUAUUCUGUAAUGGGCCAUCAAAACUGGUUUUAUAAUCAGCAAAUGCGUGAAAUGGACCAUGAUCUACUAUGGAAUCAUCAUGCAAGCAAGCGCAUGUGGUUUGAAAAUAGAUCUAUUGUACCUCCUGCAGAAAAUGUUGCUGUCAGGGCACAAAACAUGAUGGGUUAUGUUAAUGUCCCAGCAAGCAGAUAUGGUCCUGCAUCAUCAAGUUCUAGUUCAGAAAUUCCUAGUCACAGGCCUGCUGAUCCAGAAAUUUCACAUGGCUUCGGCUUGCACACUUCAUCUUUUGGCAACUCUAGUCGAUUUCCACUGAAUUAUGCACAUGUGCUUCCUCAGCAUCAACCUUCUUUCCACCGCCAACAUACAGUUGGAGAUACGAAUGGCAGAAAUGAUGCUCAAAUGGACAACAGAAGGGUAUCAUAUAAAAGAAAAUCUCCAGCUGUCUCUCUGAUUUCUGAUCAAGGGAGCAACAAUAGAUAUUAUUGUGAUGGAAACACCAGUCUUCCAAUUUCAUCUGACUACUCUUGGCCAAAGAAUAACUCACAUUCUCAAUAUGGACCUUGGGGUCCUAUUCAUAGAGUUCCUGGUCACAUGGGUUGCAACAAUGUAAAUGCGGGUGAAGUAUUUCAGCGGAAUGUAAGAAGCCGAUAUAGCCAUAACUCAAUGUUGGAAAGCAACCCAGCUGGGGGCCAUUUAGCGAACAGUCUGCCUCAGCAUUUCCUUCCAGUGGCUAAUGUUUUCGGCCAACCAAACUAUCCUCCACCACCUCACCGAGGGGCCAGAUGCAUAUGUCAUGAGAUUAAUCACUCUGCAGGAAGAAACAGUGCUAGUGCUAAUGGCUUUGCUAGUAGUGAUGGGAGACUCUAUGCGAGUUCCGCUUCUUUUAGAAAUGCAACUACCCCAUUUCCAAUGCAUCAUGCUUCAGCGCAAACUGUUUCAGCAGGCCACAAUGUCUUUGGUCAAAACACAACUGGUUACAAUGCAAUGCCGGGCUACCGGCCAACAGGUUUUGCUGCAACUCUAGAGGAUAAUAUGCGGUCUGGAGCAGAUGCACCUUACAGACAUUCAAGUUCUUCGACUACCUCUGGACAUCGAAAUGAGAGGGAUAGGAGGGCAAGGAGUUCAAUUUGGAGAUACAACCCCUAUUCAUGCGAGGAGAGUACUGACAGGUUGAGGCAAUGGCAAUCUGAGAGCAUAGUGAUAGAUCAACCAACCUUCUACGAGCCUAGGAAUGUGUUUGAUGAGCACUGGGACAUGAGACUAGAUAUUGACAGCAUGAGCUAUGAGGAACUACUUGCGCUGGAGGAUAGAAUUGGAAAUGUCAGCACAGGUUUAUCCGAAAAUACCAUUUCAUCUUGCCUGGCAGAGACCAAAUAUUUGUCUAAGCAAGUGACAGUUGGCGAUGAUGCUGAGGUGAAGUGUGCAAUAUGCUUGGCAGAAUAUGAAGAAGGGGAACACCUGGGCAUGCUGAAAUGCAGUCAUGAUUUCCACUUCCACUGCAUUAAGCAAUGGUUGGUGAUGAAGAAUGUUUGCCCAAUCUGCAAAGCCCCGGCAUUGGCUGAUACUUGUAAGGAGAAAUGAGUUUUUCUCUCUCAGUUAUACCUCUCAAAAUUGUAUAUAGAACUGUAUCCAGUUUGGUCACCUGCAUGCCUGAAGGUGCAACAAGUCAUUUAAACAAUGUAGAUUAACAGUUUAAGUUUCAGGUUCA